GCCGGCUCGGCGAGUUUGAGGCCUCGAAUCCGAAUACGGACUCAUCGCUUCAAUUAUUGUGGUGUGUUGUAACCACGGAAAAGGGCUUGACCUUGACUGAUCUGGGUCGCCUUUAGUCGUUCCACUUUAUGAUUCAAAAGAAAUAUAAAACUGCUACACUGGUGGCCUGGUGGGAAAAGUCGCUUUGAUUCUUCAUUCCGCGAACUUCAUAAAGGUAUUCGCUUCAUAGCCCUAGUGCGCACAUUACGUCCGGAAAAUCCUUCGUCAGAGGAGAGGAUAAGUGCAUCUUGUGUUGCACUUCGAUGCUGCUCUGAUAACAUUUUCAUUAAGUCCUGAUGACGACAAUAAUAUCAAGAGAAAAUCUUUAAUUGAGCUAUUAAUUUGUAGAUUAUCAGAAUGUCAGGCUUGGAGCUGGUACCAAUUGGAACAUUUAUAUCAGAGUUGGUAAACCAAGUAAAAUUAACGGCAAAUGCUAUAAAUGAUGUCCUUAUAGAGAAAGAAUGCUUUAAAACUCUAUCUGAAUAUCUUUUAGACAUUGCACGAACCUUUCUGUUACUGCAAAGUCAUGAACUGAAUGAUACUCGAGCUUUAAAACGCACUUUAGAGUUUCUCAAAGAAGAUUGUGAUAAAGCUGAAUGUUUAGUGCAGAAGUAUAAGAACUGUGGAAGAUUCUACUCUUUUCUAUUUUGCCGUCGUAUUGCUAAUGAGAUACAAGAAGCAACGAGGGCUAUAGGAAAAUCUCUAGCCAUGUUUCCCCUGGCAGAAAUUGAAGUCCUGUACGAAAUAUCUGACAAGGUGAAUAAGCUGCAAGCUGAAAUGCAAAAUGCUGAAUAUGUAGCCUCUCAAUCAAGCUUAUUGAUCCUCGAGAAGCUUAAUAAAGGUAUUAUAGAGCAAAAGCAUGAUCAGAGCUUUAGAAAUAGCAUGCUAGAGCAAAUAGCAUUAUCAGUCGGUGUCUCCAUUGAGCCAUCAGAAAUAAGAAAAGAACUUGAUUCCUUGAGAAAGGAAAGGGAAGAGGCUGCUGCACGUAAAGAGAAGAAAGAAGAAAUCUUCCUGAAGCAAGUAAUUGAAUUGUUAUCUCACUCUGAUGCUGCACUUGAUGAAAAUGAAAUUAAGAAGCAGUAUGAACUAAUAAGGGACACCGUUGAGAAUUCUGCAAUUAGCAAUGGUACAAUUUUAGAAUAUGAUGCUUUUAUAUGCCCUAUAACCAAGUGUGUGAUGGUUGAUCCUGUCAAUCUUUGCACCGGGACUGCAUGUGAAAAAACAGCCAUUGAAGCGUGGUUUUCGCAAGGGCGUAAUGAAGACCCUCGCACAGGUCAACGUAUUGAGGAUAUAACGUUACGGCCCAACAUUUCUGUAAGACAGUCAAUUCAGCAAUGGCGAGAACAAAACUAUUUCCUCAAAAUUAGACGAGCAAAGGAGAUCUUGCUGUCUGAUAACUACGCUGCCUAUGAUGAUGCUCUUUCUGAAAUAACGAAGGUCAUUAAAGAAAACGUGAUCACAAAGUAUUGGAUUGCCAUGGAGGGGCUUAUUAAUAUCAUCGUUCUCUUAGUGCAAAACUUAGAUGGUAAUUUAAAAUCAAGAUCUUUGCAGACACUGCUGGACAUCGUUGAAAGGCAUUCACCCAAUAAGGAUAAAGCUGUAGCAGCCGGAGUACUCAGCCACAUUGUGGCAUGUGUGGGGCUUGAUUAUAAUGUGUGCAUGUCUGCAGCCAAUCUUCUCUUCGAGCUUUUGCAAGAAAAUGAUAGGUGGGGCCAGGCUAUGCCACAAGAGGAUUGCAGGUGGAAUGAGGAUUUAUGUAGUAAACUAAAACAACAGCGUGGUACCAUUGCUUUUCUUGUAUUGAUCAUCCUAGACAAGCAGUUUACAGAAUCAGCUAAGAAGAUGGAAGACAUUAUGUUGCAGCUGUGUUGUGAUGAUGAUGAUACAAUUUUAGCUGUAGCUUCUUAUCAUCUGUAUAUGCCACUUGUCCAACGAUUAUGCGAUGGGCCAGAGUUAUCAAAGAAAUCUAUGAUGAGAGGCCUUGAAGGAAUGCAAUUACUUGAUGAGGAUGUAAAGCAUCUUGGAGAGGAUGGAGUGAUUAAUCCUCUGAUAAUGUUGGCAUCAGGAGAUGCUGAAUCCAGGGAGCUUUCUUUUUCAGUCAUGGCUAAGCUGUGCACUUCUUAUGAGAAUAGAAGAUUAGUUGUAGAAGCUGGAGCAGUUCCCCUCAUUCUCGAACAGAUAUCUUCACCACAAGUCUCCCCUAUUAUCAGAGAAAAAUGCUCUGAAAUUUUUGAGAAGCUUACUUCUAUUGGCUUGGAAUUUCUCACUGGUACUGGCGUUGUACUUCAUGAUCAAGAGCUGAUGAUAACCAACUUAAUUUCUGUGCUUGAGAGCUCAAGCACCUCCAAUGGUAUACGAAAGCCUGCUUUUAGAGCUCUUCUUAGGAUCUGCAAGUCUGCAGAAGUAGCUGCCGAGAGUGCAGUUACCAUCCAAAAUGGUCUUCCUAGUAUUCUCCCUCUGCUUGAGGAUUCUGAUAAAGAAAUUCAGAAUUAUGCACUUGAGCUUGUCCAUCAAUUCUCUCAGAAUGAGCCAUCUCGUAUCACAGAUUUCCUCCUAGUUGGCAGGAGAUUGGAGACAUUCAUGCACUUCCUUAAAGAUGAUAACCAACCACAACAUCAGCUUAUAGCAAUAGACUUGUUGACCAAUCUUCGAAAUACCAACUUUGAUCUUAUCAAAGGCUUAGCAGAUUCUGGGGCAAUACCUAUAAUUUUGAACAUAUUAGACAUGGGCAGUAUGAAAGCAAAAGAAAAUGUACUUCAUUUGCUUUCUGGCUUCAUGACUCCUGCUGACUUAGAUAUGCAGAAAAUGAUGGUUCAAUCAGGAGUUUAUCCUUUGCUGGUGAACAUUCUGUUAACUGGAAGUGGGACAGCUAAAGCAAGAGCAGCAGAACUUAUUGGGGACCUGUCAUCAAACAGCCUCAAUUUGACAAAAGCGCCAUAUCGAGAAGGAUGUUUUUGUUUUCUCAGGAAGCGAAUUCGUACUUGUGAAGUUCAUGGCGGAAUAUGUUCUGUUGAAUCUAGCUUCUGUUUGUUGAAGGCUGAUGCUCUAUCACCGCUGGUGAAGUUGCUUCAAGAUCAUGAUGAUGCAGUAAAACUGAAGGCAAUUCUUGCACUGAAAACAUUAGUUCAGGGAAUUGUAGCAAGAGGUGCAACUGUUCUGCAUAAAGUUGGGGCCAUAGAACCAAUGCUUCCUAUUUUGAAUGGCGAAAAUCCGGCUUUGAUUGAGGAAGUGCUUGCGAUGCUGGAGAUGGUGUUUACGGUCAGGGAGGUCUCAGAUAGCUACAGUCAUGAGGUAAGGAUCCCUCUUAUACACUUGUCUGCGCUUCGCAAAGAGAACACGAAUGAUCAUUUGAGAAGAAGGGCAGCAAAGCUCUUGGCUGAGUUUGAGCUUUACUCGAUAUCAGGCUCCUUGCCUCUAUAAAGCUAUUUCUACUCUGUGUUUUACUGUAAAACUUUUAAAUUAUGAGUCAUUGAUUCUUUUUUUUCAUGCUUACGAAUCUCCGUGUUGAUCUUUCUUUGACCUAUUUGUUCCACAAACUUUCAUUUUUAUGGGGUGAGGCCUAUUUUCCUGUUUUUGUUAUAUAUAUAUU